CCCACCCGGUUUAGCUUUGUGGAUUAAUCGGUUAGGAUCCUAAUUAGGGUUUCAAAGUUUCAGCAUCACUAGAAACAAACAACACUUGGUUCUUCUUCCCCAUCUACACAAAUUCCGAAAAUCGUGAAAUCAAAAAGAAAACCUCAUAUUACUCGCCGCGACGUCCUUGAUCCCAUCUGGUUAUUUCACCGUCUCGCCGACGUGUCGACAAUACUCAAAUUUCUGAUUUCACAGUCGAGAGAAGAAUGGCAUCGAGACCCAGUGGACCAGUGGUGUUGACGGCGGAGGAGCAAGCCGUUCUGAACGAAGGAACUGGUUUGAUACUUUCACGGUGGACUGCCAUGAGAGCCGCUGUCGAUAACGGUUGGGGCGGCCGAGAUUCUCAUGAGAAAGCCGAGCGCACUGUUUCCAAUGUUCUCGAUUACUUCAUCCAUUUAAAAGAUCCAACAAUGGGCUUUGACGGAUUAGCUGACAUUCUAGAGAAUGGUCUUAAUGAGCUCAAUACUGUGGCUGACGAUGGAAGCCUCGAGGAGGUGACAGAGACGCUACUGGAUUUGUAUUAUGAAUGCCUCGAAGGCAACUACCAAAGGGUUGAGAAACUGAGGAUGACUACUUCUCAGACGAGUGCAAGUGUUGUAAAGGUUUCAAACGGUGACGAUGAUGAGGACAGCGAUGAUGAAGAUGAGGAUACACACAUGAACAAUGAUCAAAGCACAGACAUGAUGGUUGAUGCAUCUGAGCAAUGCUCAAACCGGAAACCGGAAGCAAUGCCCGUUGAUGAACCGAAAGCCGACGAUGGCUGGACGGUAGUUCCAAGUAGGAAAAACAAGGGCAAGAGGAAUUAAACCGGUUCUAGGUCCCCAAAGUGCUGUGUAAUUUUGACAGUUUUGAGUUGUUUCCUUUAAUUUUAUAAUAAUAACAGAUGGAUAGUAUUGAAUUGUAUGAUUUAUAGAUUCGUUCACUUUCUAAACCAAAAUCUGAAAAGAUGCGUGUUAUUGUUUUUCACAUAUUAUCUACUUCAGUUUCUCUCAUUCACUUGGAA